AUGUCCGAGAUCAAGGAGUCGGAGCCGGAGCAAUCGGAGAAGGAGAUCCUCGAAGUCUUCCAGGCGCUUCGCCAGGAAGUCACGCAGAUCUUCACGAAGAUCAACGAGCUCGAGAACGAGAAGGCGGAGCACACGCUGGUCAUCGACGCGAUCAAGGACCUCGACCCUAAGCGCAAGUGCUUCAGGCUCAUCGGCGGGGUGUUAGUAGAGCGGACGGUAGAGGAGGUCCUCCCCGCGGUGGAGAAGAACAGGGAAGGACUGACACAGAUCAUCGCGAAGAUGACGGAGCAGCGAGACGCGAAGAUCGACAAGGUCGAGGCGAUGCAGAAGAAGUACAAGAUCCGCGUGAAGGGCGAGCCGGAUCCGGAGGAAGACGAGAACGUCGGGAAGGGGACGGGCAAUCAGGGCAUCCUCGCGUGAUUCUGGGUCGCUACGAUAGUGGGUUGUGAUGCACGCGACCGGCGCCGUCGGCGCUCACG